UGCAAAGCAGUGACGUAGCAUUGGAGGAGGAGGGGCAUAAUCCCGGAAGUCAACUAUUAGCUGAGUCAGUAUACGAACGCGAUUUACGGGAAGACGUGACACCACCGUCGUCAGUUGCGGUUAGAGAACGCCUUCUUCAUCACCUGUAUUUCUGUAUAUCCCUAACUCCGUCGUGCGAUGGCGUUCGCUUGGCACACAGCGCCGACCAUCUCAGGUGGUGAUGAAAACCCACAACGAGGUAAAGUUCACACAAACAGCCACCAUUGGUCCAUCAUGCAGAAGGAGCUGUCAGAAAUGCACAGCCAGGAGGAGCUGGUAGACGUCACGCUGCUCGUGGACGAGGACAGGUUCCCCUGCCACAGGCUCCUCCUGGCCGCCGCCAGCCCCUACUUCAAGGCCAUGUUCUGUCGCAAAGGCUUCACCGAGACCCAAGAGGACUGCGUCAGGCUACAGGGGGUCAGCAAGGACGCAGUCAACCUUCUCGUCCGGUACGUGUACACGGGACAGGUCGAACUCAGCGAGACGAACGUCCAGGAACUGAUGUCGGCGGCCAACAUGUUCCAGAUCCUGGACCUGUUCCAGGCAUGUGCGACGUACAUGCAGAGCAAAGUGGACAAGACCAACUGCCUGGGGGUGUACUUCUUCGCCCAGGCGAUCGAUCACGAGGACCUGAUGUACGCGGCGCGCGACGCGCUGAACAUCAACUUCGCCAGCGUGAGCCGGACGGAGGAGUUCCUGCAGCUGUCCUGGCAGCAGGUUGUCGACAUCAUCUCCAGCGACAAGCUGAGCGUCAAGAGCGAAGACCAGCUGUGCAAGGCAGUACUGCAGUGGCUCCACCACCACCAAUGGCAGGGCAGCGGCGAGGAAAACCUGGAUGCCACCGUGUGGAACGUGCUAAAGCAUGUCCGCUGCAAGCUGCUCAGUCAGGAAUACGUGUCCGACAUCUUGUGUAAGGACCCCGUCGUGUCAAAGUGUGAAGAAUUCAUGAAACUCAUAACUGACAAUACCGGUACAUGUAGCACGAAACUUGAAGCUGAGAAGGAAGGUGUCGAGUCAAAGGAAGAAGUCUCUCCUAAGCCACAGGCUGUUUCAGAAGAGAUGAGACGUGAGCGACUGGGAGCGGACAGGAGGGAGCUGAUCGUGACGUUGGGAGCGAGUCACAUAGAUGACAGCGGGGAGGAGUACAGCAGGAUCAUGGCUUAUGACGUUCAGAGUGAAAAAGCCUACCUGCUAGCCCAGCUGCCGCAGAGGAUGAAUGAUCCGGCCGUGGUCGUGACCAAGGACAAUGACAUCUACGUGGCCGGAGGGACGUUGUACAAGAAGAAUCUUGACUCGGACGUGUCAGUCAGGACUAUGUAUAAAUACCAACAUUCCCUGAACAGGUGGGUGGAGAGGCAGCCGAUGUUGGAGGGUAGGUCAAGUUUCGGGAUGACCUUCCUACAGGGUUACAUCUACGCCGUAGGUGGCAUGGUGUACGACAACUUUGGGAGAUACAGCGGCACUCUGAACACCGUGGAAAGGUACAAUCCUGAGUCGGACACCUGGCAGUACGUGACGCCCAUGCCCGACGGUAUAUCCGAACACGGCGUGGUGACGCUGGGGAGAGAACUGUAUGUGGUCGGAGGCAGGCCUCCCACCCACACGUUCUGUUUUGACCCGGAGGAAAACGCGUGGGACGUCUACGAGAGCGUCCCGAUCCCCAUGUCGGACCCUGGCGUGAUUGUCUUCAACUCGGAAAUAGUCGUUGCCGGCGGGUUCAAGUUCCUCUGCCCCAACCGGGGGAGUCUGCGCGACGUACAGAUCUUCAACCCUCAUGGAAACGGAUGGGAGGAAGGUCCACCCCUCCCCGAGGGAAGGAUAUGUCCCGGGUUGGCCGUGGUAAACCGAGAGUUGUACAUCGUCGGAGGCGAGAGGUCAGGCCACGGAAAUCGCGAUGACCUGCCGUUGCUGAAGUUUAGUGGGAGCUAUGAGGAAGGUUGGGAGGAGAUGUCCCUGCGCUCUUCAGGUACAGUCUCCUGUGCAGUUGCCAAAAUGUUUGUGAGGAACUUGCAGGAGACUGAUACCUAUUAGAUAAAAAGGAACCACAUUCCAGUUUUAGCUCACCGAAAAGCUAUCCUUCCACUGGUUGUGACAGAGAAGACAGGCGCUAUGUACAGUAUUUACAGGUUCAUUGUACCAGGAAAUUUCCCUAGCUCUUUUCGACAAGCACAAUGAACAGCUUAAUGUCCUGUUCCAAGGAGGUUUUCCCCUAGAACCCCCUUGCCUGUUCUAAGGACUGCGACCCCUUCCAGUAGCGUGUCAAUAGCCAGGACUCAAACUUCCAACUUCAUGGUCCACAGGCAGGGUUGUUAAUAAUAGGACUGUGCAUUCUACUGUGACUACCUCAUGGUGGGAUUACCGGUAGUAUAUGAAAGAACUGAAUUAUGAAGUAUAUGUAGAUGUAGGUUAUACUGCAAAGUACGGUCUUAGACUGAUGAUGGUUUGAAUCUAAAGUUUGAUGCCAAAGAAAAAUGUAAACACAUCCUCUCAAUUCCUCAGUUUUGUGCAGCCACAAAAUUUAAUUUUCUACAACAACUCAAAUGUUUAGAUAUUUAGAAAUAUUUAUACAUGUAUAUUUAUAUGCAACACAUUUACACUUUUCUCACCCAAUGUUUCCAGAUAUCUAUCAAGGAAAUAAAAAGGUUACAAUGUGUUGUGGAAGACAGGGGUGAAGGGAAACAGUAAAAAGUAUAGGAAACAGUAACAAUUGUAUCAGUUAACUUUAUAUGUUAAUACAUUUGCACUUUCAUGUAUCAUAUAUGUAACACACAAAGCAGCUUUAUACUAACUGGUGUUAAAGCUUUACCCAUAUUAGCAAGCAUCAUUUCAGUAUCGGUAUUGAUAUGGUGGAGUGGUGCUGUGUUUUUAUAUAUUCCUAGAAAUUAAAAUAAAGUUGUAACUGUUGUUGUGUGUUAUCACAAUGGCUUCUAUCCAUUUUGUUACAAAUAGGAAGUGUUAUGAAAUCAUUUUCUAGUUAGAACAUAUACUGGAGGGGACCUUACAAAGA